AUGGAUGCAUUGCAGGCGGCAGAGGAGCUAAGGUUACUGGGUAAGAUUGCAGGCCCCAUAGUAUUGACGAGCCUGCUCUUGUACUUUAGGUCGAUCAUCUCCAUGUUAUUCCUAGGCAAUCUAGGGGACGUUGAGUUAGCUGGUGGAUCACUUGCUAUUGGGUUUGCAAACAUCACAGGCUAUUCAAUCAUGAAGGGACUAGCCAUGGGGAUGGAACCAAUUUGUUGCCAAGCGUAUGGAGCAAAGCGAUGGACUGUUCUCAGCAAAACUUACAAAAGGUCUGUGUGCCUACUGUUACUCGCAACAAUACCCAUAUCAUUACUCUGGUUGUACAUGGAACCCAUACUACUAUGGUUAGGUCAAGACCCCAUGAUUACAUUAGUGGCCAAGGUCUACAUCACUUUCUCUCUUCCUGACCUGCUAGCCCAAGCCCACCUCCACCCUCUAAGGAUCUUUUUAAGGACCCAAGGCUUAACUAAACCUUUAACUUUAACUGCUACUGGUUCAAUGCUUCUCCACCUUCCCAUAAAUUACUUCCUUGUGAAACAUUUAAAUUUGGGAGUGAGGGGUGUUGCCUUGGCCACAGCCUGGAACUCCCUGAACUUGAACCUGGGCUUACUAAUUUAUUUGGUUCUGUCCAAAAAAGCACUAAAGCCUUGGGAUGGAUCACUUCUCUCAUGCUUUAGAGGUUGGUGGCCACUACUUACUCUGGCAGUGCCCAGUAUAUUAUCAGUGUGCUUGGAGUGGUGGUGGUAUGAGAUAAUGCUUCUUCUAUGCGGGCUCUUAAGCAAUCCACAGGCUACCGUGGCUGCGAUGGGCAUCCUUAUUCAGACAACGGGCUUAAUCUAUGUCUUCCCUUACUCGUUGAGUUUGGGCUUGUCAACUCGUGUGGGACAUGAGUUGGGGGCUAACCGUCCAACCAGGGCCCGAUGGGCGGCUAUUAUUGGACUAAUUGUAGCUGUGGCAUGUGGGAUUUUAGCCUUUACUUUCACUUUUGCUGUAAGAUACGUGUGGGGAAAGAUGUAUACAAGUGAGCUACAGAUCCUGGCACUCACGUCCUCCGCGCUUCCUAUCUUGGGAUUUUGUGAGCUCGGUAACUGUCCCCAGACAGCCGCCUCUGGGGUCUUGACAGGGUCUGCAAUGUUUAAAGUAGGAGCCAACAUUAACUUCGGUUCCUUUUACCUAAUUGGAUUACCGGUAGCGUUUUUCAUGGGCUUUUGGUUGAAGAUAGGCUUUUUAGGGUUGUGGUUCGGUCUUGUUGCGGCUCAGGCUUCAUGCGUGUCUAUGAUGAUGUAUACAUUACUUCACACCGACUGGAAAUACCAAGCUAAGAGAGCCAGGGACAUAACCCAAACUGCAGAAGCAAGCCAGAACGAUUUGGAAGCCAACUUGCUCAACUGA